UUGCCUAUUACCACCGGCAGUUAUUUGUUAUUCCACUACACGAUGUUAGCAUGAGGAUGUCGUUUCCAACUCACCACCGUGCAGCUCGCAGUUAUGUAGUUUGAGACCCCAAACACUUGGCAGACACACUUGGCUCGUUUGGGCGAUUUUACUCUCAUUGCGACUUUAAAAGGCAGCGUUCCCUUCCGUUGCAGAGCAUCCACGAAAACUUCUCCUGCUCUACACAGUUUCCCCUUCGAUCCUCACAACUCAAGUAACAAUGCCGUAUAUCUCUACCGACAACUACAUUGUUCUUUGUCACGGAUUCGUCGGCACCGACAGCAUGAUGGGUCUCAGCUACUUCAAUGGCGUAAAGGAUGAUUUGACCAGCCGAGGCUGCAAAGUGAUUGUGCCGAAAGUUAGCAUGACAGGCAGUAUCGACGAGAGGGCCAAGCAGCUCGACUUGCAGAUCGAGGACUUGCUUAACCUCCGUUCUAGUUCGGCCAAGCCCGGCCUCCAUCUCAUUUGCCAUAGUAUGGGUGGCCUCGACGCCAGACGUCUGGUCCACUUUUCAGGACUCAGAUAUAAUGUACUGUCCAUCACCACGGUAUCGACGCCCCACUACGGAUCACCCAUCGCUUCGUUGUCCGAAAGCUUGGGCUUCGUCAGUAGAUUGUCGUGCCAACUCCUGCUUAGCUGUCUGUCGGGGUCUGGAAAGGCCAUGAAUGAUAUGACGCCGGAGCACAUGGAAAACUUCAAUGCUCGCUACAAAAAUGUCCCGGGAAUCAAGUAUUACAGCGUUACGUCGAAGUUUCAGCCAUUCGUCAAUCACAUCUUUUACAUCUCCAAUAAAUUCAUCAAGAAAGGCUCCAGCUCCAAAUAUCCCAAGGCUUUUGGAGAGAAUGACGGAAUGGUCGCUGUCAACUCCGCAAAAUGGGGUGAGUUCCUCGGUGUUGUAAGCGACGAAACCAGCCACUUCGGCAUUAUUGGCUGGGGAAUCAUGGGCAUCCUGGCGGGCGACUCGAACUACGACGCCAAAGACAUGUAUCGCUGGCUCGUGGACAACGUUGCCAGGAAGGUCGAAGGCAAAGCAGAAUGAUGGGUUUGGCCGGAAUGACGGCACGCUAGGCGGGUCUUUAGUUUCUUUCGAUCUUGUUUCUUUCUCGAUCUCGUAUAUCUCUCAAUUUGGUUCCUUCCAGGAGUUAGCUGGCGCCGGCGCCCUUUCCAUGUUUGUGUGCACUUCUAUACCUAGUUGUUUGAUAUAUGUAUCCACUGAUUCCUUGUCACAC